ACACCUUACGAGACUGCCACGUAGGGGGAUAUAGUUGCCAUUUGUGAGGCAAAACGUUUGUGCGAUUUGUUUUCUUUUAUAUAUAUAUAUUUUUUUCUUUUUUGCAUCCCCUUGUUAACUUUAAAAAAAACAGCUGAGGAGCACCUUCGGCGAAGUGAAGAAAAAUUUAGCCGCCCCCAAGUGAGGAGAAUCCUCGCGCCGGCGACAGCAGUUCCGACAAUUCUCGAAAAAGUGGAAGUUCCUUUUUUUUGUUUACGAAUUGGUACACUAUCUUUUUUUUUCAUGCAGAGCGGAAAGUUCUACCAUCACGUUGCUGUGGAGGUAGCCAUAUGUUUGUUUAUGCCGUGAGAAGGUACAUAUAGGGGUCCCUCCAAGGGGAGAUAUACCAUUUUUUCGUUUUCUUUUUUUUUUUUCUGUUGCAAAAAUUCGGGGGAAUUUCCACUUUUGCCACAGUUCAUGCCUGUUCGGUGACACACCCAAUUGUGGAUACCCAGGGCGGGGGAAAAGAGCGCUCAUUUGUGAAGCACACAUGUGUGAGGGGUGGGGGCGCCAAGAAUAUGUAUCACUCACACGGUAUGCGAGUGUUUGUCUCGCUGCACAGCCACGUGAAAGAGUAGCAAAAGGUGUAAGGGCGCAGGGAGCAGAAGUGAGUGUCUAGCGGCCCCCCCCACGGAACAGUAGCAGGACAGCUACGCAACAGUAGUGCAACCCCGCCGCUUAAGCAAAAUGAAAAAAAUAAAACUGAACGUCACGCGGGAAGAGGACAACCUGCAGAGCAACAUAUACUACGUGUGCGAGAAGAACAUACUAAUCUCACAGCUCAACCUGACCAUCAACUAUGACGAAAAUAAUAUGGAGGAAGACGAAAUUGUUGAGGAGGGUAAAGACACAGCCAACAGCCACAGGAAGGAUAAAACGGAAAAACAACACAAAGGAAUUAACAUAAAAAUAUCCUACAGUGAUGACCUGAAUAACCUAUACCUAAACAAUGUGAUAAAUAAUUUGUAUGAUUACAUUUUUGAAAACAAAGGGAAUAAUUUUAAGAUACAUAAGAACCACCGAUGGCAGGUUUUUAUAAAUAUAUACAUUUAUGAGUACACACCAUUUAUAUAUGACCAUAUAUGCAAUGUGAUUAAUGUGCAUUUGUCUCUUCUGCUAAUCCCCUUUUGCUUCUACGACUUUGAUGAGAAGUGGUACAGGUGUGUUCAGAAUUACGAGGAGUUGAAUCGGCUGCUCUCAAGGGGAAGCUCCUUCCAUGACCCUGCGGAGGGGGGAGGAGAAGUCCCACCUGACAUCAUAAUUUUAGAUAGAAAUGAACAAAACAAAAAGAUUAUAAUAAACCAACUGGAAAAUAACAAUUUUGAUUUGUUUGUUGAGAAAAAAAAAGGGGAAACCGCAGAAGGGCUAUUCAAAAGAGUACUCAUAAAAUACAUCCCCAUUUUGCGAACAGCCAAUGUGGAUGACCAACUUGUGUACGUAAUUAAGUUUGUGGAGUAUGAAGAAUUUCUCUUAAGAACAAAAAAUAUAGAUGAAAGCAUUUACAAUAAUAUAGUUGAGAAACAUUCCUUUUGGGACUUUAAAAAAAUGACCUCAUUUGAUAGGCUGCCCUGUACAAAUAAUGCAGACAAAUUUGACGUGCACGAAAAUUACUACAUCCUCUUUAAUGCGAAUACCGCGACUGUUGAUGAGAAAAGCAUUUUGGAAAACUCCAGGGAGACCAUCCAGUUUUAUUACGACUUCAUCGUCAAUUAUUGCACGAGUUAUUUCUCCGCCCAUUUUGUGAAGUGAGAAGGGGUGGUAGCUCCUCAGUCGUUUCCCGUAGGUGCGACAAAUGGCGUAAUCAUAUGGUCAAUGUUCGUGUCGAUUCCUUCGCGCGAUUGAUCUUCACCUAUUUGAGAGCACUUGUUCUGAGAAGCUCCACAGUUCCUGCGGGGUGUGCACAACGGAGGCGUUGCAAUGUAGUGUGUG